GUUUCAGAGCCUUCUCAAGUAGGCAGUGGUCAGAACCUGGGGUGAAGAAACUUAAUUGAUGAGACCAGUGAUAUAGAAGAUUUACUCAAAGAAGAAGAAGAUUGCAAGGAAGAGAAGAAUGAUUCCACAGAAGCCUCAGUGACAGAAGAUAAUGAAGAAGAUGAUACCUGAGAAGAGCUUGGAGGGUGGUUUUGUGUCAGCCAGCCUGACAGCGUGGAAGCACAAGGCCGACUCUUUGGACUGCUUCAGAUUUCUUGUGGAGGUGCCCCAUGACUGGGAUUUAGAGGACGUGUGCGAAGAGUCGGACCAGGAUGAGGGGACAGAGCAUUCUCCUGAGUCUGAAAUCUGUGAGACAGCAGCUGAGGACACCACAGCACCUGAGGACACGGCAGCAGAUGAGGACAGGGCAGCAGAUGAGGACACGACAGCAGCUGAGGAUACAACAGCAGCCGCACCCACGGCUGCUGCCACAGAACCUGCCGAGUUGACUGUUGAAGCUGGUGAGGUCUGUCCUGUGCACGACAUCUGUGAUGGGGAGAUGCCUGAAGAUAGGGCUUUGGAAUCCGACCCUUCUGAUCAUCCAGAAGCAAAGAAAUCUCAUGCAGGUGGUGAGACAACAUUGUUUUUUUCCACCAAGAAAAAGAAUGAAAACUCUUGUUUGAUGAGACGUAUAACAGAAAGUGUUUAGCAAAACUCAUAUUGGUUUAAAUUUUUAAAAUUUUCACCUAUUCACUUGUGUUAUUUUAACAUGUGGUAUACUUUCCUUUAGUUCUUAUGUUAGUGAAAACAUGUCAGCUUUUUGUUUAUACAGUUUCCCAUCUUUUUAUCAACACAUUUUGUCAUGUAAGGGAGGAGUCUUAGAUUUAUCUUUAUGUUUAAUUUUUUGUCUCUUUUCCCAAUGGAUAAGAAUAAAAGUAGAGGUAGUAAAAUGGCUUCCUUUUUGAAUAAAUGAGUUGAUAAAUUGU